AUGAGCUCCCGUGAAAGUAUUUUACCAGAUUCUAGACAGGGCUCAGCCUUAGCCAUGGAUUCAAGCUCCGCCCAAGAAGGUGAGCUGACCCACCCCAUCUUGUCAAAUCACCGGAGCUCACCGGUGGUUCAGCUGCCGCCGGGGGAAGCAGUGAGCUCGGAGCUGGAGGAGAUACUAUCUGACACGAGUUUAAGUUUUUUCCGGCGACACCAGAAGGCUAUGGCUAUCGAACUGUAUAGUUUAUUCCGGCUAGCAGGUCCGGCGAUCAUAGUUUACUUGCUGAACAACGUGACGUCGAUGUCCACCCAAAUCUUCUGCGGCCACCUUGGUAACCUUCAGCUGGCGGCGGCGUCCCUCGGCAACAAUGGCGUCCAACUUUUUGCCUAUGGUGUUAUGGAAGGGGAAGAAAUUGGUAUACAAGUUUAUGGAAAAUUUAGGUGGAGGAAAUGUAAACAUGUCAAUAACAAUGAUGCCCUUGGAAGUUGGAAGCUUGGAAUGGGAAGUGCAGUGGAGACACUCUGCGGACAAGCAUACGGAGCCCAACAAUUCGAAAUGCUCGGCAUUUACCUCCAAAGAUCCACAAUCCUUUUAAUGGCGACAGCCAUUCCCCUCAUGUUUCUCUACAUCUUCUCCAAAUCCCUCCUCCUCUUAAUCGGCCAAUCCAAAGAAAUCGCCGCCGCAGCCUCCCUCUUCAUCUACGGCCUCAUCCCCCAGAUCUUCGCCUACGCGGCCAAUUUCCCAAUACAAAAAUUCCUCCAAGCCCAAAGCAUCGUCAACCCUAGCGCCUACAUCGCCGCCGCAAUGCUUGUCGUUCACGUUAUCUUCACCUAUGUCGCACUGUACAUAUGGGGUUGGGGGUUAUUGGGCGCCUCCCUGGUUUUGAGUUUUUCAUGGUGGGCGAUUGUGGUGGCGCAAUUUGUGUAUAUCGUGAAGAGUGAUCGGACUAAGGAGACAUGGAGUGGGUUUAGUGUGCAGGCGUUUUCGGGACUUUGGGCGUUUCUGAAGCUGUCGACGGCGUCGGCGGUGAUGUUGUGUCUGGAGACGUGGUAUUUUCAGAUUCUGAUUUUGAUCGCCGGUUUGCUUCCGAAUCCGGAAAUUGCAUUGGAUUCAUUGGCUGUUUGUGGAACGAUUCUUGGAUGGGUUUUGAUGAUUUCAAUCGGGUUUAAUGCUGCUGCAAGUGUGAGAGUUAGCAAUGAAUUAGGUGCAGGACAUCCAAAAUCAGCAGCAUUUGCUGUUGUAGUGGUGACACUGAGCUCUUUUGUGGUGGCUUUGAUAUGUGCUAUCAUUCUCUUAGCUACACGACACGUCAUAAGUUAUGCUUUUACCGAAGGAGAAACUGUCGCGAAUGCCGUCUCUGAACUUACUCCUCUCCUUGCGGUUUCCAUCCUCCUCAAUGGCAUUCAACCAGUCCUCUCAGGGGUUGCGGUUGGAUGUGGAUGGCAAGCAUUUGUCGCGUAUGUGAAUGUUGGAUGCUAUUAUGUGGUUGGAGUUCCACUUGGUGUUUUGUUGGCAUUCAAGUUUAACUUUGGUUCUAAGGGAAUAUGGUCGGGUCUGGUGGGGGGUAUGACAAUGCAAACAACUAUUUUGCUAUGGGUUACUUUUCGAACGGAUUGGAAGAAAGAGGUGGAGCAAGCAAGAAAUAGAGUGAAUCAAUGGCAACAUAUGAAAGGGGAACCUUUGCUAAAUAAUUAAGAGUUUUAUCUUUUAUUUUUACUUUUUUUUUACUAUUUGUAACAUAGUUUUAAACUUUUUUCGUACGGGUCACCUAAUAGGUGAUUAGAGGUUAUACAUACGCUAAAUAUAUAAGUUUAAAUAAA